AGUGUUGCUUUUAUGCUUUUGUCGAGGUGAGUUGGACGCGAUGAAAUUUUCGAGCUCCGGAGUACGAUGAUACGUUUUUAUGGAACUGUCGGGAUUAGGGAUAUUUUUUUAUCGUACAGUGUCGCAUAAAAGUGAUUCCAUAUUUUGAACGGAUUUUUCGAAAAUACAAAGAUCGACUAUGAGGCGAUGAACUUGAAUUCGGAGCCCGAAUCUCAGUUCAUUAUUGGUCAUCAGGAAGGCCGACGUUCGACGAGUAGCCUCGGAAGAGGUAUACCUCGUUCUCUACCUCCUCAAACCGAUUCGGAAAGUGGCAAGCAACCUUCGAGCUUCGGCCAACAAAGAUCGUUAUCCGUGACCACUUUACAACCCGGCAUUGUCGAACCAAGAAUGGCCCAAUUGGAAACAUUAGAAGCUAAAAUGGCCAGUAUAGAAGUAUCGUUAUCGAGCACGCCAAGAAGAAAGAAAAACGGCAGUAUAUCAGGAAUCAGCAUCGGAUCUUCUAUACAGUCCAUACCGAAAGAACUAGCCAUCAAAGAAUUGGAAAAAUUGAGAAACGCUCUAAAAGAUAAAGAAAAUAUUAUACAAAGUCUUAAAGGGCAACUGACGAUACCAGGUUUGAGGUUAAACGCCAUUCGAAAUUCUAAUAAUAACAAUAUGAAGGAAUUAACUGAUGUCGAGAAGAAACAGGCCGAAGCCAGAUUGGGUAGACUUAAAACGGACGUCGAUAAUAAAAGACUGACUAUUAAGAAUUUAAAAAUGGCCUUGGAAAGAUUAGAUAUAACUGAUAAUAUAGACGUGCGGAUUCAACAAGCCGAACUGGAAUAUCAGUUAGGUAGAGAAGAACUGAAUUUAUUAACUUUAUUAGAAGAAACUAGAGCUCUUCAAUUGUGUAUCGAAGAAUCCAACAGACAAUCGUCAGACUGCCACACCUUAUACAGUUGUGUACAUGGUAAUGAUCAUGUAUUCCUGUAUGCGAUUCAAAUGGAAUAUGAUCAUAACAAUCCAAAAUUUGGUGCAGGAAUCAAAAGCUCUUUGCCUGGUCUUUACGUCGAUUGGGCUUUGGAAGAAACUAAUUUGCGCAAAGGAGACAGAUUCGUGGAGGUGAAUGGAAAAAUCGUAUUGACCAAAAACCGGGAUGAUCUCACUAGAUUAUUGGCAGCUGCGCCUGAUCCAGCACAAUUGGUCGUCUUACGUAAAAUCAGCAACAGCAAUCUAUCGAGCAACACACAAAAUGGCGUCAAUUCUCUUUGUUCAGAAUUAGAGUCUUUAAGAAUUAAAGCGGAGGAAGCGGAAAAAGCUAAAGAAGUAUUAAAAUCGGAUAACAUUAGAUUGACUCAUCGAAUAUCUUAUUUAGAAGAACAGGUCUCGGAGCUGAUCAAAAACAAAUCCAACGAACUAGAUGAACGAAAUUCAUCACAACCGCCACCGUUGAUCUCAAAAUCAAACCAAAACGUCACUAAUAUCAACAUAAGGACACUGUCGCCUACCAGUUCGGCCAAUAAUACCGAUACUAAUGUUUACAAACAGGAUCAUGUCGCAACAGAAGCUAAAGAAUCUUCUUCUUUACCGUCCAGGUCGAAAAGUAGUCUAUCAAACGUAUCAAACACCCACAUACCUUCCCUAACAAGCGAAUUCUGUCACAAACUCAUCCACAACAGGCACAAACAUAGAUCCAGGAGCGGCGUACAAAGUCCCUUGGGAAAUAUACCGAACAAUGAUAAAGUAACUUACAGAAAACACCAUCACCACCAUAAGGAUUAUAAUUCGGAAUCAAACUCGGGGUUAGAUACGAGAAGAUAUAAUAAGAAGACGGAGAGGUAUUCGGCAGAUUUUGCUAAAGCAAACUCUGAAAUGGAGUACGAUAUAAUGGACCAAAGUUACAAGAAAGCCACGCAGAUAGUGCAAGAUCUAACGAGGAACCGAGAUCCUACCAUGUACGAAAAACAUCGUCAAAAAUGUAUUACAGCGUCCGAAAAAUAUAAUUCCGAAUUAUUACGACAUUACAACGCCAGAAAAUCCACGUCGGUUCUGGAUUUUCGAUCAGAAAUCCAUAUCGGUCCAAAGUAUGACGCGAACGGCGUCGAUAGCGUAGACGAAAACACGAAUACCGAUAAAGUUUAUCGGAAAAUGGACGCCAGAAGUGUUAAAUCUUUGGAUUUCGACAGCGAUUGUAAUUCCGCGAGGUUGAACGGUACCUGUAGCACGGAUUACGCUUCGGAACCGAAUAACGAUAAGCAUAUGUAUUACGAAAAACCGAGACCCGCGCCCCCUAAGAAACCGUUGAGGUUAUCUUUACAUAAAACUCACAGUUUACAAUCGGUUGAAACUAAUUCCGAUUUCCAAAACAGGAAAUGCGUCAAGAGAAAUUAUAAGGGGGAAGCCCCUAUCAAUAUUAAAGUUAAAGAUCAAAAUGGUGGUAACAACCAUAUAAUCAAAUGGAAUUACAGGAGAAGCUUGGAAAAUAAUUUAGAACAUGGAAGUUGGUGUUAGAUAAAAACAAUUAAUUUGUUUUUUGUAUUUAUUUGUGUAUAAUAUAAAAAAAAAAUGGAAAUUAGAAACUUAGUAACUGCUUAGAAAUUCUAUUUCAAAAAGUAGAUAACCAGUAUAACACUAUAAUAAAUUUUGACAUAUACAGUGAAAAUAUUGGGUUUUUCUAUGAAAUAAGAAAUAUUUAUAUUCGAAGAUAUUUAAUUCCCCAAAAUAUAAAUAAAAUCUUUUUAUUUGUAUCAUAAAAUGGCUACAUAGAUACCACCAAAACAUUUUAAGUGCAAUGUGUGUUAACUAUUAACACAUUUACAUAUACAUAUUAUAACGGUACAAUAGACAACCAACAUAACGUCUAAUAUGUUAUGUGUAUUGCCUACAUAUCCAAAAAACUGAUUCGAAAUCAAAUCACCUAUCAGUUGAUUCCAAAUCCUAGCACAGAACAAUAGGAAUUUCAAAUUGAAGCUCAAACUACAAAAAUCUGUUAUUUUUAUUAUUUUAAAUAUAUAAUAUUUCUCCUUCUAUAUAAAAUAUAAAAAUCGUAAACUUUAGUGACCUAAAAUUUCACUGUUUUUAAGAAUUAUUCAUAAAUAAUCAUGUAUCAAUAAUCAUUCAGUUUCCGAACAAAAUCCGAAUUACUUUCUGAUAAUUCAGAUCGUAAUCGGGUUAAUCCGAUCAUAGUUUCCAUGGUCCCUCUAAUAUGUCAAUGUUUAUUAAUGAGGAUUAUUGGGGAAAUAUUUGUAUUUCGAGGUUAGUUUGUGAACAUCACAGUGAAUCCUAAAUGUUUACUUAGUAGCUACAGUUCAAUUUUUUUAGUGGUUUUACUCCAAACAAAUAUGAGUAUAAUGAAAUAUAUAUUAAAAAGUUAUUUGAAAAUAUAAAAAAAA